AUGGGACAUGAGGAGCAUGGAGGGACUUGGCACAUGGAAGCAGCUCAACUGGAUACGCAAAGGAAGAAGGGAGAAGCCAUCUUGAAGACCAGCUCGACCGUCCUACUCGACCAACCGGUCGAGUUCCUCAACUCGACCGGCCAAGCUUCAACUCGAUCGAGCUGGAAGUCAAAUGUAGCAAGGAACCGGAGAAGAACGAAGAACGGGUGGUUAGGAGGAUGGAGAAGGAAAGAGACGAGCAAGCAGGAGAAGCAGGAGAUUCAGUAUGCGCCAGCGAAUGAGAAAGUGAGUAAUCUCUUGGGAGAUUCUAAUCAGAUAAAACCAGGAAGACACUCUGUUGAUAACGAGCUUAUGAGGAAGCCAAGAGAAUCAUCAUCAGUCUCGAGUAAGACGACGACUCAUCAUCAUCACGAGAGUGAAUACAAGAAAGGUUUACGUCCUGUUCUAUGGCUAUCUCAAAACUUCAAGUUACAAACAGAAGAGCUUCUUCCUUUGCUUGACAUACUUGCAAACAAGGUCAAAGCCAUUCGUCGUCUCAGAGAACUUCUUACGACAAAACUUCCCGCUGGAACGUUUCCUGUCAAUGUUGCUAUACCAGUGGUGCCGACAAUAAAAGUGUUUGUUACGUUCACAAAGUCUGAAGAGAUUGAUGCUGGAGAUGAGUUUAAGACGCCUCCUUCGAGCCCGACUGCUUCUGGAAAUGAUGAGAGUCCAGCUGCUGCAACUGAGUUCAAGAACUCAUCGUGGUCUUCGUGGUUUCGUUCGUCUAGAGCAAGCAAAGAGGAUUUGAGCAAGAGACAGAACCGCGAUCAGAGCUGGUCUCGUCCUUCGUUAGGGAGAAGCUGCAGUUUUGAAAAGAAGCGUUUAGAACUAAUCGGAAUAAGGGUUAUGGUACGGUUAUGGAAGGAGAAGAAUGAUAUAGAGUGUGACUUUUAUCUAUAG